GUAGUAAUGCCCUUUGUGUAGCGAUGCACUUGUUACUAGUAUCUAGAAGCUACUACAUCUUUGUUUUUAGUAGCUUGGCACAUCGAAUAUUUUUUGUUGUUUUUAAAGCCCGCUCCUAGGAUGGACACCAUCGCUAUUAGGUUAAGUAGGCUCCUACUCAAUUAAGUAAGGGAGAAGUUCGCUACGAGCUACUUAAGCUGCUACACAUAGACGCAAGAUAGCUCACGCUUCUUCAAGGCAGCAGGGGGAGCUUCCUGGUAGAAACGUGAGCUAUCCUGCGUCCAGUAGCUAGUAGCGUCCAGUACCUAAUAGCUAUUAUAUAACUAGCUUCCUGUUACCUCUUAGCGGCCUAACCCUCCAUCAAGAAAAAUAACUGUUUCGCGUUUGGCACAAGCAGACUGGGAUCCCAUGAUUGUUUGGAGGCAUCUUUGAGAAGCAGGCAGCUGAAGUUUGGGGAGGUGCCUGGCGUCAAAAAGUUUGACUUCAUCAUUGCAUCAGAGAUCCUUGAAAUGGAUGGCUCUCACUCUGCCAUUCUGCGAACUGCACGAAAGCUUUUGAAGUCAUCAGGCACCUUUGUCAUCAUGGCAUCAGGUGCUGCAAUGGACACCUUUCUUCAUGAAGCAGCUGGCGUUUUCCCGAAGAUUCAGGUGAAGAGGGAGUACGACGAGACUGUCAGCAAAGCUUUGCACGGCAUGCCCUGCCGUCCCAAGCUGGCUCUUUUGCGGCGGCCUGCGCCUGCCAAGCGCAAAGUGCGACAGGUUGUCGUUGAAGUGCCUGUCGAGAUGGACCUGCAAUGCGAAGACCCAGAGAGUGAGGCUCAAAGUCAGGAAGAUCUGAAAGACGGAGAUGACGACGGGGACGAGGACAAAGAGGACUCGUCAGAGACCGUGGACGUGGUGGACGUGCGUCCAACGGAGAAGUUCAGCCGCUCCAGCUCAGAGUUCCCUGGGUGCGAAGUAGGGCCUGGUGGCCAGACUGGCCACACACGCCAGACAGGCCCAUCUCCAUGCCCAGGGUCUCCAGGCUACAGUUUGCCCGGUUUGCAGAUGCGGAGUGCCUCUGCUUCGCAGCUCACAAGGCUUGGACAAUUUGUUUCAGAAAGUCAGGGAAGAACAGGAAUGGAGCUCAAAGGCGCUUUGGGACUGCGAGGAGGCGCUCUCUCGCGGCCAUUGAUUCGUCGAGCAAAGUCCUUGCCGCAGCAGGAAGGACUCCAGACUUUGCCGCCUGAGAUUUAAUGUGGUGAUUCACAAAGAAUCACUUGAAUUUGCUGGAAUUUGAGCUCACACGAAUUUAGCAAUUGUAAAUUGUAUGUGUAUAUACUCAGACCUGCCUGCAGAACACUUGCACGGCUGGCCCUGUGGCGUCUUGAAACCUGAGAUGGCCACACUGUACGUUAUGCGUGAUGCCCCAAAGAAGCGAUGAUUCAUGCGCUUCUACGGCUUCUACCUCCUGUUGCCUGUCCACUGAAUGACAAAGAAUGCUUAAUUUAGGCCAGGACAGGUUGGUAGGUUGGUUUUGCGUAAAGACAGUCUUUUUAUUCAG